AUGUUUACAAAAUUAAAUCUUACUUCAAAUCUAAUGCAUAGCCGAGUUUUUGAAAUUAAGCGUUAUCAAACUCCAUAUAAAAAGGAGUGUAUUUCGAACUCCGUGUCAUCAAUAUACAGUGUCAGCGGUUGGGUGCGCGCGCGCUGGCUCCAUUGGCGCUCGUCGUGCGUACGCGACUGCAAGCGAUCGCCCACACCGGAGGAUGCGCGCAGUGCCACCACACCGCGCCGUCAGACCGCGCGCACCAUGUUCAAUAUGAAGCUUAAGGAGCGUCUGGCGCUGGCCGUCAGUGCCUUCCUCAUCCUAUUCACGCUGAUGCUGAUAGUGGAUCUCCAAAUGGACUAUGGCAUAUCGGGCCACAGAGUCCCGUUGCACGGCAGGGUCAAGAUUGUGGACGAUGUGGAUAAAGGAAAUUCAGCGUACAUCGAGUUUCGGAAGCGGUUUCUUCAGCGAAGUAACGGCAGUAAUAGUUCUCGGGAAUUCGAGCAGUCAGCGCCAAGUGAAACUAGCGGCUUGGAUACAGAGCCACGAACACCAAGCCCACCUGCGGACCGCUUCGAACACCUCCAAAGAAUAUUACUACUCCAGAUUCAGGGGAAAUCAGUUGAUCACGCCGUUAUAAUACCACCACAUAAGGAUCUCAAUGUAAUACGUCCGGAGAAUCCUACUAUCGGUGAGAUGGAGGACUUGGAACCCAGUCUCAACGCUUCAAACUUAGAGAAGUUCCAGUUAAAAAUUGCUCAGCACGAGUUGUAUGAAGAUGGAGAGAAGUUAGUAGAAGCGAUUUUGAAGGAUAUGUCCACUACAUCGAUAUUACAUGUUGAGCAAAAGGAAGGCGGCACGCAACUGAAGCUAAUCAUAGACUAUCCGAAUGGGGUGCAGGCUUUGUUCAAACCAAUGAGGUUUGCCCGAGACGUGCAAACGUUACCAAAUCAUUUCUAUUUUUCGGAUUAUGAGAGACAUAAUGCCGAAAUUGCUGCGUUUCAUCUAGACAGGAUCCUCGGUUUUCGUCGCGCCAUGCCUGUCGUUGGCCGAGUGCUAAACAUGACCACCGAGAUUUAUGACGUCACCGAGGGAGACAUUCUGAAGACGUUCUUCGUGUCUCCAGCGAACAACUUCUGCUUCCACGGGAAGUGCUCGUACUACUGCGACACAGGACAUGCGAUAUGCGGGAACCCGGAUAUGCUGGAAGGAAGCUUCGCUGCUUUCCUGCCUUCCUCGGAUUUAGCUGAACGAAAGGUGUGGAGGCACCCGUGGAGACGAUCCUAUCACAAACGCCGAAAAGCUCAGUGGGAACUGCAGUCAGAUUAUUGUGAUACGGUGCGUACAACUCCACCAUAUGACUCUGGAAGAAGACUUCUAGACCUGAUGGAUAUGUCCAUAUUCGAUUUUUUAACUGGCAACAUGGACAGACAUCAUUACGAAACAUUCAAAAUGUUCGGCAAUGAGACAUUCACACUGCAUUUGGACCAAGGACGAGCUUUCGGGAAGGCGUUCCACGAUGAGCUCAGUAUCCUGGCACCGUUGCUUCAAUGCUGUUUCGUGCGACACACGACUCUGGCCGUUCUUUUAAAAUAUCACAACGGAGUGUCCUUAUCAUCCAUUCUACGAGAGUCCAUGAAAGCGGAUCCCGUAUCGCCUAUUCUGUGGGAACCUCAUUUGACGGCGUUAGAUCGACGAAUGGUUACCAUCCUCGACGCAAUCCGAAAAUGCGUCGAAAAAGCAGAAAACCCUCUAGAAAAUGAACUUAAUGAUAUUGUAUGA